AUGAAAGGGAAAGUGGAAUCUCAUUCAUCGGUUGAUCCAACAGUUUCAUUAACUAAGGAGGACUUGGAUGACAAGAGCAAACAUGUCUUGACUACGAUCGUGUCGCCUGGUGGAAAGGAAAUCGAAAUCACCAAUAAUGUUGAUGUUGCUAUGGAAUUUGCAAUCCAACACAAGGGUGAAUUUAAGCAGUUGGAUCCUGUCACCGACAAAAGACUUUUACGGAAAAUCGACAUGUAUUUACUUCCUAUUUUGUGUUUGUUGUAUUGCUUCCAGUUUAUGGAUAAAUUAACUACAAGCUAUAGUGCAAUUUUGGGAUUGAGAGAAGAGUUGGGUAUGGUCGGAGAUAUGUAUAGUUGGACAGGAACUUCAUUUUACAUUGGAUACUUGUUCUUCGAAUUUCCUGCGUCAUUAUUACUUCAAAGGUUUCCCGUCACUAAAACCGUUGGUGCGUUUAUAAUCACCUGGGGCACGAUUCUUGCAUUGUGUUCUGUCCCUAGAUACCCUGGCUUUAUUGCCUUGCGAACAAUCUUGGGAAUGCUUGAGCUGUCGGUUACUCCAGCAUUCGCCAUCAUUACGUCUCAAUGGUACAAAAAAGACGAACAGUUUUUGAGAACCGCAUGCUGGUUUGCGUCUAAUGGGUUUGGAACAAUCAUUGGUCUGGCUAUAGCCUAUGGUUUGUAUGGAAACCAAGACAGCUACAGUUUACCUGCUUGGAAAUUGGUGUUUGUUGUAACUGGAGUUUUGACAAUAUUUUUGGGGAUGCUUAUCAUUGUUCAUGUCCCCGACACUCCGACAAGAGCGUGGUUCCUUUCUGAAGAGGAAAAGAUUUUAGUAGUUGAAAGAAUUAGGUCUAAUCAGCAAGGAUUCGGUAAUCCACGUUUCAAGAAAGAGCAAUUUGUUGAAGCCUUAACUGAUCACCGCACAUGGUUAUUUUUCUUCUUUUCAGUGCUCCAGAUGAUUCCCAAUGGUGGCAUUACUAGUUUUGGAACUAUAUUGUUGAAUGAACAAUUUGGAUUUGACACUGGAACGUCACUUUUGAUGUAUUUUCCUUCAGGAGUGGUUGAAGUCUUUGGGUGCAUUGGAUUUGCAUGGGCCUCGAGAUUUGUCAAGUCACGUAUGGUAGUAGCAAUUUUUUGUGGAUGUAUCACGGUAAUGGCAGGCUCGUUGUUGGCAUUUGCACCCACAAAUGAAGGGAAACUCGCUGGACUUUACUUGUACGAUCUUAGUAUUGUUUGCUUCAUUUGUAUAUUGUCGCAGGUCGCUUCAUCCGUCGCUGGCCAUACAAAAAAAGUUACUGUCAAUGCUGUAUUCUUAAUUGGGUAUUGUGUUGGAAAUUUAAUUGGUCCUCAAACAUUUAUUGAGAGUCAAGCUCCUGUUUACGUUGGUGCAAAGAUCGCAAUAGUUGUAUGUGGUUCAGGAGCACUCGCUUGUUUGGUGGGAAUUUACAUUUCUUAUUACGUGGAAAACAAGAGACGUGACGCAUUACCUCCAGUUGAUAUGAGUCACUUUGAAAACUACGAGUUUGCCGACUUGACUGAUAAAGAAAAUCCAAACUUUAGAUAUGCGCUUUAA